GGGCAGAGCGAGCGCAGCGGCUCUCAGCGCUCGAGACCAGCGCCAUUCAUCCGAGAGGACCGCGGGCACACCUGGUCGGACCGAGCAGAGCGAGUUUACCGACUGAAACGGCUCCACACAGCACCCGGGUUAAUCACUUGAGGAAUGCGGUGCUAUUAGGACGGGAGCCGAGAGCCGAAACUUCACAGCAACUUUGCGUUAAUUCUCACCAAGUUAGCAAAAAGGGAUCAUGGCGACAGGAGGAUUUAAAUCAAACGCCACGACAGACUUUUUGGAGGAGUGGAAGGCAAAACGGGAGAAAAUGAGAGCCAAGAUGUUGGGGGACAUAGCCGCAGCCACGGGUGCUCCCUUGGGUGCCAGCAACCCAAACAGCAACAACACCAACCGCCACGCCGCCCCGGCAGCCACCGAGCUCACCAAUAACGGCAGCCCGGACCGGAGCCCCUCCGCAGGGACCUACCUCCCCCCCUCCUACACGGUGGCUCGGUCCUCCUCCGGCACGGCUUUAAAGAGACCCGAGGAGGAAACGCACCACCUCGCCUAUCCUGCUUCGCCCACAGCCGCCACCCCGCCAGGGAGCAACCUGAAGAAGGCCCCGCCUCAGACGGAGAAGGCUCCGUGCGCUUCCCCGGACUCCAGCCCCAUGGCGUGCAAUGACAGUGACAAGGGGAGCCCAUCGCCCAGUGCGGCCAAGGAGAAGAAGAGCAGUGGUCCCAGUGCCAGGAAGGGGAAAGGGCAGAUUGAGAAGAGGAAGCUGAGGGAAAAGAGGAGAUCAACAGGUGUUGUCAGCAUACCAUCCAAUGAGAGCCUGGAUGAGCUGGACGACGACGACGCAGGGGAGAAGAACAGGAGGGAGGAGGAGGAGCUGGUUCAGGCCAACACUUUCCAGAACGAGGCCAUGAUGGCUGACCCUGCCACCGGCCACUUAAUGGAAACCCCCAGAUCUGGGAGCGGCCGCCACAAGAGCUCUGCAGGGCCAGGAUCCGAGGAGGAGGUGGGUGGGAACAGACAACGACACAACCGCCAUGGCAGAGAUGGAGGAGCUGUAGCACCCGGGAGUUUGGAGAAAAGGUUGGAGGAGCUGGAGAAGGAGCUGGCCAGAGAGCGCCAGGAGAACGACAGGUUGCUGAAGGCCCACCAGGACAAAGACGACCUCAUCGGGAAGCUGAAGGAGGAAAUUGACUUGCUGAACAGAGACCUGGAUGACAUUGAAGAUGAGAACGAGCAACUCAAACAGGAGAACAAGACUCUGCUGAAAGUGGUGGGUCAGCUGACGAGGUAGAACACAAAUAGCCCGGCCUCCUCCCUGACGAACGGAGCAGCUCUGUUCUCUUCCUCCUGACCUCCUGCCUUGGGUCAAGUCCAGCAGCAUGGCCUUUAAUCUGUCUGAGUCUGUCUCUUUGUGUGUUAGAGGUGAAACUGUAAAGUAGUCGACCUCAGAGCCUCGCGGCCUUAAAUACAUCCUCCGAGGAGGAUUUAUUCCAUUUGCUGAGAGGGUAAGCUCUCAAGUCCUGACAGUCUCAUGGGGAUCGUCUGUCAUCUUAUACAUAUUUAAUGUAAAUUUAUUGUAUAUAGGCCAUUUUAAAUUGUUCAUUUUGGGGGGAAAUUUUAAUAAGGUCUUCAAAAGCAAAGGAAAAAUGAAUGUAUGUGCUGCAAAAACAAGCACACGUCUUUAUUCAGAGGUUGAAAAAGAAACCCGUCUGUGCACACAGCAGCAGUCACCCAGGUAAAUUUAAAAGAUCUCCAGUGUUUGAAUCGUGCAGUUUCAUCAGCGAACUCGUGACGAUAGAGCUUCGGUCGAGGAACUCUUGGACCAAAUUCAACAGAAUUACUGCUACAGUACCAUCAGCCAAAGUGAGCAUCGUGCCUUACAACACACAUGAGGUUAUUUGUCAGUUCUUAAAACAACAGUUAAAGACUGGCUUUAUUAAUGAACAUCAGUGCCAGAUUUACUUCCUUCCAAUAUUUUUUUCCUGUUACAUUUGAUUCCCGACAGGGCCUGAAUCAGUGAAUCGUAUUUUAAGUUUUUCCAGUUUAAAUCAUAAAGGUAACACAAGCAAGACUUUAUAUGGAUUAUAUGCUUUGUGCAUUUCAAUGUUAACAUCUGAGUAUUAAACUUGUCCUGAGGGUGAAACCCUUGCCUAGUAUAUACGGUCCUGUUUACACCUGGUACUGACAUGCGUCCUGGGUGAUCACAUUGCAAAUGUAAAGUUUUAAGUACAGGUGAGAGUGCACCAAGUGUGUCCUCAACCGUUUGGAGAGCAACUAGUUACAUGUCAUUAAAUUACAAAACUUUAAUCAGUUACUGAGAAAAAAUAUGUAGUUAAAUUACAUAUGGCUGGGUAUCGCCACUGAUUUCCUGAAUCUAUUUGAUUUGAGAUUUUUCGGUUACAAUACCAGUUUCUGCUAGUAUGUGAAAGAGAUUCUCAAAGAACUAAUACUGUAAAUUUUACGAGGAAUUAUUUUUAAAAAGAAUACAUUUACAACAGGAAUAAAACUAAAUAUUUUAAAACUACAUGUUUCUAGAGCAGCAACAGUAACAUUAAAACAGCAAAGUCACAAU